AUGGUCGACGCCGCCAGGCCGACCGAUGAGACGGCCCAACUGAAUGGCGACGGUCCUCUUGCUUGCCGCCCCAGCAUGGAUCGAAGAAACUCGAACCCGAUGGCGCCGGCCUUCAUGGUCUCCGCCCCCGGCAAGGUCAUCGUCUUUGGCGAGCACUCGGUCGUCCACGCCAAGGCCGCCAUUGCCGCCGCCAUCUCGCUGCGCUCCUACCUCCACGUCACGACCCUCUCCAAGUCGAAGCGCACCGUCGCCCUUCGCUUCCCCGACAUCGACCUCGUCCAAUCGUGGAACAUCGACGGCCUGCCCUGGUCCGUCUUCCAGCAGCCGUCCAAGAAGAAGUCGUACUACUCCCUCGUCACCGAGCUCGACCCCGACCUCGUCGCCGCCCUCCAGCCUCACAUCGCCCUCGUCUCGCCCGACCAGCCGGACGACAUCCGCAAGGUGCACCGCAACUCCGCCUCCGCCUUCCUCUACCUGUUCCUCUCUCUCGGAUCGCCCUCCUUCCCCGGCUGCCUCUACACCCUCCGAUCGACGAUACCCAUCAGCGCCGGCCUCGGCAGCAGCGCCUCCAUCUCCGUCUGCCUCGCCGCGGCGCUGCUGAUCCAAGUCCGGACCCUGUCCGGCCCCCACCCCGAUCAGCCGCCCGAGGAGGCCCGGCUGCAGAUCGAGCGCAUCAACCGCUGGGCUUUCGUCUCCGAGAUGUGCAUACACGGGAACCCCUCGGGCGUCGACAACACCGUCGCCACCCAGGGCAAGGCCGUCGUCUUUCAGCGGAGGGACUACUCGAAACCGCCCGCGGUGCGACCCCUCUGGGACUUCCCCGAGCUUCCCCUGCUCCUGAUCGAUACGAAGCAGGCCAAGUCUACCUUGCACGAGGUCGCCAAGGUCGCCAAGCUCAAGGAAGCCCACCCGAAGCUGGUGGGCUCCAUCUUGGACGCCAUGGACAAGGUUACCGGUGCCGCCGCCCAAGUCCUUGCCGACGACGACUUUGAUGAACGAGACGAGUCCAGCUUGAGAAAGGUCGGCGAGCUCAUGACCAUCAACCAUGGCCUGUUGGUCUCGCUCGGCGUGUCGCAUCCCCGCCUCGAGAGGAUACGCGAGCUCGUCGAUCAUCAGGGCAUCGGCUGGACCAAGCUCACCGGCGCUGGCGGCGGCGGCUGCUCCAUCACUCUGCUGCGACCCGGCGUGCCGGAGGAUAAGCUUCGUAAGCUGGACGAGCAACUCGAGGCCGAGAAUUACCAAAAAUUCAGCACGACCCUCGGCGGCGAUGGCGUCGGCGUUCUCUGGCCUGCCAUCCUCAAGAACGGCACGGCCGAGGAUGACGAGGGCGGCAUGGAGAUUGAUUUGCAACACUUUCUCAACGCAGAAGGCACCGACGGUGUCGAGAGGCUGGUCGGCGUCCACGGCCACGGCGGUGAGAGGGAGGGAUGGAAAUUCUGGCGCGUCGAGAGCAAGUAG